CUCUCGCGUUAUCUGGGCCUCUACGGCUGGGGUACUCUGCGAAUCGGCGGGGCAGGGUAGCGGUCAGCGCGCGGCACCUGGAGUCAGGCACCGGCUCCUCUUCACCCUCCCCCACGUUCUACCGGAGACUCGGGCAAAGGCCGGCCUAGAGAGGGGUCCAGAGGGCGCGAGACAAGGAGGGAAAGGCGGAGCAGAGCUCGGGCGAGCGUGGACCUUGGCCGGGGGCUGCGGAACCCAAUACAGCCAUGGCUCCUCUGCGCUUCGCAGCCAACCUGUCGUGGUUGUUCACGGAGCAGGGCCCAGCGCUGAGCGCUCGCCUCGAAGCCGCAGCCCGGGCUGGCUUCAAGGUGGCCGAGGUGGCCUGGCCGUACGCCGAGCCCGCGGCGCAGCUGGCGGCGGCGGCGCGGGAAGCCGAGCUGCAGCUGGUGUUGCUCAACACUCCGCCGGGGGCCACGGACCUCGGCGAGCUGGGGCUGGGCGCCGUGCCCGGGCGCCAGGACGCCUUCCGCGAGGGGCUGGAGCUGGCGGUCGCAUACGCGCGGGAGCUCGGCUGCCCCCAGGUGCACCUGAUGGCCGGCCGCGUCCCGCAGGGCGCUGAGCGCGCCGCAGUGGCCCGGGACAUGGAGGCCGUGUUCGUGGAGAAUCUGCGGCACGCCGCCGACGUGCUGGCCCGCGAGAACCUCGUGGGGCUCGUGGAGCCCAUCAACAGUCGGCUUACGGACCCGCGCUACUUCCUGGACACUCCCGAGCAGGCAGCGGCCAUCCUGCGCCGGGUGGACCGGCCCAACCUGCGGCUGCAGCUGGACAUGUUCCACUGGCAGAUCAUGGGUGGGAACCUGACUGCCAAUAUCCGUACCUUCCUGCCCCUGAUCGGGCAUGUGCAGGUGGCCCAAGUCCCCGACCGCGGCGAGCCUGACAGCCCCGGAGAGCUCAACUUCCCCUACUUGUUCCAGCUGUUGGAGGAGCUGGGCUACACAGGCUACGUGGGCUGCGAGUACCGGCCCCGAGGGGACACCAAUGAAGGUCUUGGCUGGCUGCGGGCCUAUUGGGAGAGCCGGGGCGGGCAAUGCUGAGAGCCUUGCAGAUGACCCAGGUUAUCAAUGACCCUUCCAUCUCCUACCUGCCCUACCACCCUACCCCCUAAGAAAGACACUACCCCACAAAACAUAUGUAUGCGUCAUCUCUUCUGAAAGAAUGUUAAACUCCUCGAUAACUGUUAAUCUUAGUAUCCCCUGUGCCCAGCCAUGUGUGUGGCCUAAUAAAUACUGUUUGAUUUGAAGAGCUUUUAUAAAGCCUCUUAGCCAUCUAGAAUCUUAGAAUUUUAGGGCUGGAGGGAUCAUAGAAAGGCCAGCCCCCUAACAGGUCCAGAAUCAGAAAUCAUCUUCCAAUCCAGUAUCCCUUCAGCUGGAAUUUCGAGAACUCAGGACUCCUAGGCCCAAGGGCAGUGAUUUACAAAUGCAAGGGGUACUACAGUGAUUUACAAAACUUCAAGGGAAGGAGAGUGCUUUUUCUCCUAACUGCUCACUGUGGCUGAGCAGGAGUGGCUCUUCUUCAGGAGCUUGGAGAAGACUAACUGAAUGAAGCUGCUGCUUGCUUCCUUGUAGGUGUCAGCAAUCUAGGAGCUUGGUUGGAUUUGUCCUCUUUCCCACACAGAUUCAGGCUCUCUCUUAUGGCAUGACUUAGCUAAUUAUUUUGUCCUGUGGGUAUGAAUACUUUGCCCUACAUUCUUUAGGCUACCUACUUACUCCACUACUGUGCAAUCCCUGUACUGUUUUCAACCAUGUUGACAGAUUGUUGAUCCUGUCCUGGGGUUGGGAAGCAUUGACUGCCAUGGAGAGGUCCAUUCCUGGUUUGGAUAUUUGAAAUUCUAUUUCCAAUGAUUGAGGAAUAUCCACCUACCUAAUUUUAGAUUCUGUCUAGAUCUCUACUAGAGUGAAGAAUAAAAGGAUAAUGAUGUACAGCUUACAGUCCUGUAUGUAGGGAGCUUUGAACAUUUCUACAAGCUAACUAAUUUCAAAAGGCUCUUUUCUCCUUUAUCAGCUUUGCUAUCUAAGCAUUUGCCUUUUCAAGAAAAAGCAGCACAAAACACCAGAAAAUGAUGGAUACUCCUUGCAUGGCUGAGACUUGGGUACACCCAUUUAAAUUUAAUUUUCUGAUUCCUGAAUAAUCAUCCCUGAAGCACUUUCUGUAUUUUCCCUUUCCUCUACUACCAGAACUUCUGCAUCCUACAGUCCCUAUCCAGGUGCAUUCCUUAUGAAGUCUGGCCUGCCUGGAUGCUGUUGUCCUUCAUGUCCCACGUGUAUAAAAAAUUUUGAGGAAGUUGGAGCACUUGCCAUGAUCUUGCUGCAGUACUUCACAUAGCCUCCCAGUAACCCUAGGACCAUUUAUAAUACAGGCAUAUUUGAUACUUAGGUCCCUUCCAUCCCUUAGAGCUCUUUGGUCAGGAACAAAGAGCAGCAGGGCACAGGGAAGGCAGCACUUACCUUGAUGACAGAACUAAGCUUGAGAUCUAUUUCUGUAAUUUACUAGCUCUGUAACUUGGAAAAAUUCACAACUUCACAUCAGGAAACCAGGAUAUUUGUCCUUUCUUCUUCAUGGGUAUUGUCAGGAUCCAAUCAAAUAAAUGUGAGAGUGUUUUUGCCAAUAGUACAUGCUAUUAGAAAAGCAGCAGCAGAUAUGCUUCUCACAGCUAUGAAUUUGGGAUGGAUUCCCAACCAAAAAGGGGGUGUGUCAAUUACAAAAGACAAAAGAAAUAAUUCUGAUUUUGUAAGAUUGAAAAGCUUUUUGUACACCCAAUUAGCACAUAGGAUAAGAAGAGAAGUAAUUGACUGGGGGUGGGGAACGGGGAAUCUUUAUUUCAAAUAUCUCCAUUAAGAUUUUGGUGAACAAAAUAUAAACAGACCACUAACAUAUGUAUAACCAAAAGACAUUCCCAAGAGAUCACUAGUUAAAAAAAAAUGGAAAAGUAGUUCCCAAAAGAAUUGCAAACUAUGAACAAGCACAUGUUAAGAAAAAUCUGAGCUUAACCUCAUGCCCAGCAAAUUGGCAAAGAUAACAAAAGAAGGGAAUAGUCAAAGUUGGGAAGCCUGUGGAAAGAAAAGCACGCUGAGGCAUUCGUUGCUGGCAAAACUGUGAAGCCAUGAAGUGGAACAAUUAUUCUGGGGAACAAUUUGUAAUUAUGCAAAUAAAAGGCUAAUAUGUCCAAACCACUGAACCCAGAGUUUCCACUGCUGGGCAAUAUAUGUCAAUAAAGACUGACCCCCCAAAAAGGGCUCCAAAUA